AAUGGGACAGGGGUACCCCUGAACAGCCCUGCUGCAUGGGACAGAUCAUACGACAAUGCAGGGCAGCCUGUAGCCUACAUGCCUGGGACCUGGAAGUAGGUGGAGAAACAGCGAAUGGCAAUCUGAAUUCUACAGACCACGGGGAGCGACCUGACGACUAUGUGGUGACAGACUUGCAUAAAAGAGAAUCGGAUAGUUCUCUUGAAGGAAUACAGGACGGACAAAAUGAGAUCAGCGAUGACCUGGGAAGUGACGACCUCUCGCGGCAAAAGAAGUGCCGUUCCGACCAAGGGUGCACGAAACCCCGGCGAGCAAGGACUGCCUUCACCUAUGAACAACUAGUAGCACUGGAAAACAAAUUCCGCACUACAAGGUAUUUGUCGGUGUGCGAGAGACUCAAUCUCGCCCUUUCUCUCAGUCUCACGGAAACCCAAGUCAAAAUUUGGUUUCAAAAUAGAAGAACUAAAUGGAAAAAGCAAAACCCGGGAGCCGAGAGCACAUUACAGACCGGACCGAACUCUCUGCUUAGAGGCAGUACCAGCCCAGGGCCCGGUGGGGCAGGUGCAUUAAAUUACCAGACUUUUCCCACGUUCACUUCUGGAAAUAUGGUGUUUCACUCAGCUGGUGCUGUUCCUCUGUCAUCCACUGGGGGGCUCUUGAAUCCACUCCUGCACAAUGGCUACCUUCAGACGGCGUUCUACUCUCCGCAUUUAUGA